UCUCCUCCUCCUCCUCCUCCUCCUCGGCGGGCGGCAUUCAUGCGCUUCCUCCCUCCUUCCCCGGGUGUCACUCUGCAUCCGCACCGUCUCCUCCCCCCUCCCCUCCCGCCGCGCCGCGCCGCUUAUAGCCCGGCCCGCGGCCGCUGGGCGCAGACUGCUUGGGCAGCCAGAGAGGAGGCGGAGCGGCGGUGGCGCUGCGGAGACCGAGUCCAGACGCCAGGCGGCCGCCGGCGCGCACGAGCGCUUUCUAGCUCCCUCCCCGGAGUGCCCGGCCCGCCUCCUUGCGCGGGGCCGGCGGCCAAAGGCUCGCUUUCUUUACCCGAGACGCGUUCCGGGAGACGCUCCUCGGGUAGCGAGCGGAGUCCGCGGCGUGGGGGUCGCGAGGCGCUGUCCUCUCCCCGGCGGGCGCCCCAUGCGCGCUCCUUUCGCCCAGGCAGUCGCCGCCGCUCUCCGGGGCUGAGACGUCCGCCUUAUCGCCUCCCGCGCGGUGACCUAGGCGAGAACGCAGCUGGUCGUGCCUGACGCCGGUCGACGCCGCAGAGUGGAAACAAAAUGUCAGUCAGUGUGCAUGAGAACCGCAAGUCCAGGGCCAGCAGUGGCUCUAUUAACAUCUACCUGUUUCACAAGUCUUCCUACGCCGACAGUGUCCUCACGCACUUGAACCUUUUACGCCAGCAGCGCCUCUUCACGGAUGUCCUUCUCCAUGCUGGGAACAGGACCUUCCCCUGUCACCGGGCAGUGUUGGCUGCAUGUAGCCGCUACUUUGAAGCCAUGUUCAGCGGCGGUCUGAAAGAGAGCCAGGACAGUGAGGUCAACUUCGACAACUCCAUCCACCCCGAAGUUCUGGAGCUGCUGCUCGACUAUGCGUACUCCUCCCGGGUCAUCAUCAAUGAAGAAAACGCAGAAUCGCUUCUGGAAGCUGGCGACAUGCUGGAGUUUCAGGACAUCCGGGAUGCGUGCGCUGAGUUCCUGGAAAAGAAUCUGCAUCCCACCAACUGCCUGGGCAUGCUGCUGCUCUCUGACGCACACCAGUGCACGAAGCUGUACGAGCUGUCCUGGAGAAUGUGUCUCAGCAAUUUCCAGACCAUCAGGAAGAACGAAGAUUUCCUCCAGCUGCCCCAGGACAUGGUAGUGCAACUCUUGUCCAGUGAAGAGCUGGAGACAGAAGAUGAAAGGCUUGUGUACGAGUCUGCAAUUAACUGGAUCAGCUACGACCUGAAGAAGCGCUAUUGCUACCUCCCAGAGCUGUUGCAGACAGUGAGGCUGGCUCUCCUGCCAGCCAUUUAUCUCAUGGAGAACGUGGCCAUGGAGGAACUUAUUACCAAGCAGAGAAAGAGCAAGGAGAUCGUGGAAGAGGCCAUCAGGUGCAAACUAAAAAUCCUGCAGAAUGACGGCGUGGUAACCAGCCUCUGUGCCCGGCCUCGGAAGACUGGCCAUGCUCUCUUCCUCUUGGGUGGGCAGACCUUCAUGUGCGACAAGCUGUAUCUGGUAGACCAGAAGGCCAAAGAGAUCAUUCCCAAGGCUGACAUCCCCAGCCCAAGAAAAGAGUUCAGUGCAUGUGCAAUUGGCUGCAAAGUGUACAUUACUGGGGGGCGGGGGUCUGAAAACGGAGUCUCAAAAGAUGUCUGGGUUUAUGAUACCCUGCAUGAAGAGUGGUCCAAAGCUGCCCCCAUGCUGGUGGCCAGGUUCGGCCACGGCUCUGCUGAACUGAAGCACUGCCUGUAUGUGGUUGGGGGGCACACAGCUGCAACGGGCUGUCUCCCAGCCUCCCCCUCGGUCUCCCUAAAGCAAGUAGAACACUAUGACCCCACGACCAACAAAUGGACCAUGGUGGCCCCCCUCAGAGAAGGCGUUAGCAAUGCGGCUGUGGUGAGCGCCAAGCUCAAGCUGUUUGCUUUCGGAGGUACCAGCGUCAGUCAUGACAAGCUCCCUAAGGUUCAGUGUUACGAUCAGUGCGAGAACAGGUGGACAGUCCCAGCCACCUGUCCCCAGCCCUGGCGUUACACAGCGGCAGCGGUGCUGGGGAACCAGAUUUUUAUUAUGGGGGGAGACACGGAGUUCUCUGCCUGCUCUGCUUACAAAUUCAACAGUGAGACUUACCAGUGGACCAAGGUGGGAGAUGUGACAGCCAAGCGCAUGAGCUGUCACGCUGUGGCGUCCGGAAACAAGCUCUAUGUGGUGGGCGGGUACUUCGGCAUUCAGCGCUGCAAAACUUUGGACUGUUACGACCCGACAUUAGACGUGUGGAACAGCAUCACCACAGUCCCAUACUCGCUGAUUCCUACCGCAUUUGUCAGCACCUGGAAGCAUCUGCCUUCUUAGACGGCCGUACCUUGUCGAGAAGGGGAGCGUGAGCUCGCUCCAUCACUUGGUGAGACAAAAUGAGCUUUCUACUUUGGAGAGGCCGAAUUUAAUGGAGAGAAAAGAAGAAGGAAAAGAAGUUGCUACAAGACUCCUGAUACAAUGCAUUGCACCUUGUAAAUUCUCUAACUGGACAUGAAGGAGGGGGUGGGGGAGGGGCGGGAUUUUCAGUGCAAGUAGCACAUGGUUUAAAUAUGAAUGAACGAACCUGUGAUCUAGUCCUUGUCUUGUAAUUGUGGAUUAAUGUCAGCGUUAAUCAGCCCCUCAAAGGGAGAGAAAAGCCGGCCCUUUUCCCUUGCUGUACCAUAUUCAGCAUUUGAUUUCCAUGGGCUCCACCAUUUAUGUGUAAAAUUUGAAAUGGUUGUCACCUCUCUGAGGAGCAAGCCCGAAGCCUCCACACCAGCUGCUGUUGGAGAUUGAAAGCCCAACUGUGGGGCCAGGCGGGAAGCUGGCUUGGCUGGCCACAGAGUGAGGACUGCUGGACUCUCCGCUAAUCUCUGAGGGGUUGAGCUCCCCAGGAAGGUUCUGAACAAUGGGGACGUUGUUGGUAGGCGUUUGGUAGAUGUUCUUUUCUAUUUAUAAGUGACUUUAAACUUUCCCUUGGCUGUUAAGAAAUUUGUCGUAGAUUUAGCUAUUUAUUGUUUGACGCCUGCAUGCUGAAAUGAUGCUUACGAUUGUCUUCACGUGUAUGGGUGUGUGAAUGGUUGUAUGUUUUGCACAAUUUUGUGGCUGUUGUGAAGUGCUUUGCUGCACAAAAAUGAAAACUUGGGUGUUACAAUUUGGAGCAUAACUGGAGGGUGGGUUGGGAA